AUGGCAGAACAUACUCCAGCAUCUGGGCAGAGUCGCGGGCACCUAGAUGCAUCUGGUCCACGAGAGGUCGUUUAUUGCCACCAGUGCGCACACGAAUGGUAUCGAGACGAGCAUGGAUUACAGUGCCCAGCAUGCCAGAGUGAAGUCACUGAGAUAGUAUCCCCGGAGAGUGACCCUCGGCCCGGUCUCGACGCACCUCCAACCCCGCCUGGUUUCCGAUCCCUACAAAAUCAUAAUCCCUGGGGAGAUAGUGAUUCAUCUGAUCCUGAAGAGGCAGACAUAGAAGAGCACAUCACACACGGGCCGGGAGGUUCUGUCUUUAUUCGUCAAACCACCCGCUCGUCGACACCUCGGGAUGUAUUUGGUCGCCGGAGGGGAGGUCGACCUGAUAUAGACGAUCCCACCUACGUGAUGAGAGAUUUCCAAAACAUGCUGGGCACUCUUAUGGGUCCUGGUUUCCGAGCUGGUCAGCCUGGCAGAUCAGGUCCUGAUGAUCUAUUCCCUCACGCUCCUUUUCCUCCAGGCCAUUUUCGUAUGCGCGGGGAUGGGCCAAUGCCUCCCGUUUUUGGCGGGCGUUUUAUCUAUACAACUGGGAAUUUGAGACCAAGGGAUACAGAUGGACCUCAGGAAGGCGGACCACCUGUUGAUGAUCUAGCUACGUACGCCUCCCUUCCUCCUUCAUCACCCUCUAAUGGCCGUUCUCUGUACGUCAUUAGUAUUACAGCACCUCCUGACCAGCUUGCCAGUAUUCUUGGUAAUAUGUUUGGCCAAAUGGCGCCGCCACCUGGAGAUGAUCCACGUGAGGGACGCGAGGGAGUAGGAGCAGGCCUUCAAGGUCUGCUUGCUGCACUUCUCAAUCCCCGUAAUGCCCGCCAUGGCGAUGCUGUAUACUCUCAAGAAGCUUUGGAUCAGAUUAUUUCGACUUUAAUGGAGCAGCAUCCCACUUCUAACGCUCCCGGCCCAGCACCUCCAGAAGCGAUUGCAGCACUUCCGAAGAAGCUAUUGGACGAGGAACUACUCGGUCCCGAGGGCAAAGGAGAAUGUAGCGUGUGCAUGGAUGACGUACACAUUGGAGACGAGGUUGUUAUGCUCCCUUGCAGUCACUGGUUUCACGAGGCAUGUGCUAGCGCAUGGUUGGGGGAGCAUAAUACAUGUCCAAUUUGCAGAAAAAGUAUUGGCGACGAGACACCGCCAUCCAACAGUAGAAGACCAAGCAAUGGGCCUUCUUCGCCAACUUCACGGAACGAACAGCGAUCUCGAAGGUUGAGCCUUGGAUCACGUUUAGGUAGGGAAAGCACUUCAAGUAGAAACGAGGCAAGACUAGAUUCGAUUCGGGCGACUGGAAGACUUACGCCCACGGAGGAAAACCCGGAACCCUUCAGAUGGCAACCUGCUCAGAUGGGCUCUGAAGAACCUGAUGCGGACCUUGAGCCAAACCUACCUGGUUCAUAUCGUUCAUAUCGAAGACGCGACUCAGAUAUGAGUAUUGACAAUCAGCGGGAUAGUAGAAGAGGGUAUACGAGUGGCAGUGACCGCUCCCGAGAAUCACUAAGAAGCUCCGGUAGUACUGGCAAUAGUGGAGGACCGAUAGCAUGGCUGCGGGAUCGAUUCUCCUCGAAUUCCAACAAUCGAAGACAUGAUUAG